GUCCGAGGCAACAUAGGUUACCUUGUCCCAAACGGUGGACUGUGUGACGGUGGACUCGAUAAGAGAUAUCAGACCCGAUGGUAUCGACCUUCUGACAGUGGUUUGGCAUCAGUACAGUGCUGGUAGUGGCCGUGGUGACCCGGUGAUGCUUUGAUCCUUUAUCAACUGCCACCCGUUGGCCUACGUAAACAGGAGAUCCUUCGCGCAAGUGUAUGUGAUCAAGCGGCAAGCAACAGGUAGCACGCGGUCCGCGGCCUGGUGUACGAUAUCGCACACCAGACCAACCGAACCGCUCGUGGGAGUUGCGAAAAACGGUCAAACCUUCCCCGGCACGGCACGGCACGGCAUCGGCCAGCUAACAUCUUCUCCGUGGCGUGGCGUGGUUGUGGUUGGUCUUUGCUUGUUUUUGUGAGUGCGUGCCGUACGAUCAUCAACGUCGGAGACAAACGAAUUUCACGGUCAUUUCACUUUCUGUCCGACUCUCGUCAUCUGCGCCGCUCAUCUCACUCACUUGCAAACGGUCGGCCAGUCCAUCAGUCCGUCCAUCCGUCCGUCCGGUCCGUCCGUCCGUCUGUCUGUCAGUUAGUGUUGGUCGUGUGAGCUGUCGAGUAGCGCCGGGCCAAGAACGACGGAUUGGUCCGGUUUCCGUGAUGUGCGGUCGCGGUUACCCGUAACGCGUGAUCCGUCUGCUCUAGGAUCCGGUGCCGGUGCGGUUUAGACACCCGUGACAGUGACCCUUUCGGUCGCUCGCAGCGCGCAAUCGUGAUCCGUAUCGCGCCGCGCCCCAAAAGUGGACCGUGAAGGGAGGAAAAAAGUGGGGAUCGAUCCCAACGGUGUCGCCACCGCCGCCGCCGCCGCCAUCAACGACACCGACGGCACAUGGUGAACAAUGUGAAAAUGAUGCGUAAAAAUAGUAGGAAAGCAAUGCUCAAUAAAUUGCUUAUGCGGCCUGAGAAGCUGCCGAAGAAAAAGAAAUCCGUCGCCCGUUGGAAGUAAUGAUGGUGGUGGUGUUUUUUUUUUCUAUGCAAGAAGUAAGGAAGUGUGCAGCAAGUGAAUCCGGCAAACAAGUGAUCAUCAGUGACGCACCGAUUGGAGGAGUAUGGUUGUUGUGUGAAGUGAAGAUUAAGAAAUUUUAAAGUUUAAAGUUCCUCCCCCUCCCCUCCCUUUAGCAACGUUAGAAGCUUCAAACAGUGCAAAGUGACGAUGAUAUAGGGCGCGCGGGACAGAAAAUGGUUCCCCACAACAGCGUCCGAGCCAAUCGAGACAAUCCAAUUCAUCGACGGCAACCGAAAAGACAACCGUGCCUUCUGUGAUAACGUGGCCAUAGUGGCCAAGUGCAGCGUGCCUGUGUGCGAGUGUGUGAGUGUGUGCUCAAGCGCAAAGUGAUCCUACGGUAGUGCCUUUCCCCUCGACAGGAGGAUCCACGAUGGAGGCCCAGGAGCAGAACCAGCUAGAAAUACAAUCCGUUACUCCCAUCCCGACGACCCGGCGUCCGAUAAACGAUUUGCACUUUACCGCGAUCAACAGCAACUACCGGCAGCAGAACAAACUGAGCGGUAACAGUAAUGCCAGCGCGUCAUCGGGUAGCGGUGCCGAGGAGACGAAGGCCCUGCUACCAGCGACGGGCCCUAGCGGCCGUCGGUUCGUGAUCGUACCCUGUCAACCGGGCAGCGCGAUCGGUGAUCCGGGUGGACCUUCCACUGUGGCCGGUAGUGGCGGAAAGGUAGAGCCGGGCGAGGGUUCAACGCCGAGCCCGAUUACGGUGCCGACCGCACCGGUUGGUUCCUACGCUAAACCCAAAUACUUCAACAGUCUGCGUUCGGUACGAUCCGCAAACGAUCCGCAAGGGUUGGGGAUCGUACAGCAGCAUCAUGCUGCGAUCGCUCGGAGCGGUUCGUACGUCUUUAGCGAAAUCGGUGGAUCGCCGCGGUUGUUCUCGGACGCCACCUCAAUCCGAUCGCUGGCCUCGAUCGGCAUGGGAUCUACCGAUGGGCGACGGAUGGUGAUCCGCCGGGUACCGAACUCCCCGAACGAGCUGCUAACCAUGAUCAAUCCCCCGACUCCACCGGUGGAAGAUGCGUACGAUAAUGAGAGCUACGGGGGCAUGUCGGACGACUCCGAUCUCGAUAAUCUCAAGCCACGCAAGCAGCACUGGGCGAACAAGAUGCAGUUCGUGCUCGCCUGCAUCGGCUAUUCGGUCGGUCUGGGCAACGUCUGGCGGUUCCCGUAUCUGUGUUACAAGAGCGGUGGAGGAGUGUUUCUGGUGCCUUACUUCAUCAUUCUGCUCAUCUGUGGAAUACCGAUGCUGUUCAUGGAGCUGGCCGUCGGUCAGUACACGGGCCGUGGACCAAUCGGUGCCCUCGGUCAGCUGUGUCCAUUGUUUAAAGGUACCGGGCUGGCGAGCGUGGUCGUUUCAUUCCUGAUGUCCACCUACUACAGUGUGAUCAUUGCCUAUGCAAUCUACUACUUCUUCACCUCCUUCCGGCCGGAUCUACCGUGGACGGAUUGUUCGCAUCGCUGGAACACGCCCGACUGCUGGGUUCCGGAGAGCUUGAAAAACAAUAUGACCCGACCGCAAAUGUCCCGCACCCCCACGGAGGAGUUUUUCGAGAACAAGGUACUGCAGAUAAGCCACGGUAUUGAGUAUCCGGGUGCGAUGCGUUGGGAGCUGGUGGCGUGCCUGGUGUGCGCCUGGAUUCUGGUGUACUUUGCCAUCUGGAAGUCGAUCAAAUCCUCGGCCAAGGUACGCUACCUAACAGCUACGCUGCCGUUCGUGCUGAUCGUGGUCUUUCUGGGACGUUCGCUUACACUGGAGGGUGCCGACAAGGGACUGCACUACUUCUUCCGUCCGAACUGGCAAGAGCUGGGGCGAGCAAAUGUAUGGAUUAAUGCUGCGGCGCAAAACUUCAACUCGAUCGGUAUCGCGUUCGGGUCGAUGAUUUCGUUCGCCAGCUACAACAAGUACAACAACAACAUCCUGCACGACACGCUGGCAGUGUCGUUCGUGAACGCAAUCACAAGCCUGCUGGUCGGCAUCUUUGCGUUCGCCACGAUCGGUAACAUAGCGCUGGAGCAAAGCACAACCGUGGAGGAUGUGAUUAGCGGAGGUCCCGGGCUAAUCUUCGUCGUAUAUCCGCAAGCAUUGGCCAAGAUGCCUGCCGCUCAGCUGUGGGCUGUACUGUUCUUCUUUAUGCUGCUGUGUUUAGGGUUAAACAGCCAGUUCGCCAUCGUUGAAGUGGUUGUUACGUCCAUCCAGGAUGGAUUUCCACGGUGGAUUAAGCGAAAACUGGUCUAUCACGAGCUGUUGGUGCUGAUCGUUUGCGUCGUGUCGUUUUUUGCCGGGUUGCCCAAUCUGAUCCAGGGAGGGAUAUACUUUUUCCAGCUAAUCGACCAUUACGCGGCAUCCGUAUCGAUCAUGUUCCUGGCGUUCUUUGAAACCAUUGCCAUAUCCUGGUUCUACGGUAUCAAUCGGUUAUCAAAGAACGUGAAGCAAAUGACGGGUCGAUAUCCGUCGCUGUACUUACGGUUUUGCUUGCUGGUUGCCGUGCCGUUACUGUUGAUAUCGUUGUGGAUAUUCAGCUUGAUCAACUACGAGGCUCCGACGUACCACAACGGCAAGUACAGCUAUCCUGGUUGGGCGCACGGUCUCGGAUGGGCCAUCACUUCUGCCUCGCUGGUUUGCAUUCCAUCGUAUGCCAUUUAUCAGGUGGUUCGUGCCGAAGGAGAUACGUUUGGUCAGAAACUGCUCAACACCCUGAAACCCAACAUUUACGAAUGCAAAAUAUGUGGUGAGCAUCAUUGCGAUCAUGAUUUCCCGGAGGAGGAAAUGGGCCCCGAGAUGGCGAUCGUCGAGUCGACGUCGGGAGUACCGCUGAUACUACAGGCUCCUCCGUCCGGUCAUGGGUACAAUGUACAGGCUCAGGCAAGGGAUGAGCAAACCGUGACGACACGUGACACAGCAAAUACCACCGCCGCCAACAAUGCAGCUCCACAAAACUCGGGAAGCAAUGGCGAGGCCCGAUGAUGAAGCUAGACAUUUUGGGGUCGCUACCGUUAAGCGACCAUGGUUAGGUGGAGUGUUUCAGAAGCAUGUACAGCCUGGCCUGUAGCGAUAGGAGGUCAUUUUAGCUGGCAUAACCGUAACCAUUCACACACAUUGCAACGAAUCCCACGAACAUGCGAACGAAAAAAGACAACUCAAUACUUUUAGCAAACACUCACACACCAGUUAGUUACCAGUUGGGACGUGAUUAGGGUGUAGUUAGUAGAUAAAUGAUCGUGUUUCACAUUUCACUAAAUCAUAUAGUGUGCGGAUCGUGUGUGUUCGUCACGGAGACGGCUAGACAGAAGUUGUGUUCACGUUGCGAUUGUGGCGAAACAUUCAUCCUCGAAGGAUGUUGGGCGUCAAAUUUAUGGACUCGAAGAGUCUAGUGUGACCGAAUGGCGGAAGUGUAAAUUUUAAAAUGUGUUCGAUGGAACCAGAACCGGAUGGUUGGAAGAUGUACGAUAUUUGUAAAUCCAUUCUUUGAUUUGAUCCUAUGGCAAUAAACUCCCGAUACA